AUGGGCGAGGAGCGGCAACGCGGCGGUGCCGGGCGGAAGAACGCGACGGAGGCGCCGUUGGCAGUGGCCCGCGCCGCCACGGGGGCUCACUUGGCGCGACACCGGCGCCGCGUUUACAUCGAGAAGCGUCGCGGCGGCGCCGUCACCGGGCUCAUGUACGCAUCGCAGCAGGGCGACGUCGACGCCGUUAGGAGUAUACUCAAGACGCAGUCUGGUAGUCUUUUUGACAGAGACCGAACCGGUAAAUCGGCCCUGCAUUAUUGCAGCACCAGUGACAGCGUGAGGGCGGCUCAGGCCGCCGACCUGCUGGCCAUGGCCGCCCCCGAUUUGAUACAGAGUCGCGACGAGGACGGUUUCACGCCCUUGCAUCUCGCCGUCAUCGCGGGAAAUAUGCAGCUGGUCACUUUUUUGCUUGCCAACAAGGCGGAUGUCAAUGCGGUUGAUAAUGAGAAACAUACUGUUGUGCAUUGGGCAACGGUUUGUGGAGAAACAUCAGCUUUACGAGCUGUUCUUGCAGCUGGGGCUCCAGUUUCAACCCCUGAUGUCCAUGGGGGCUACCCGCUUCAUUAUGCAGCCCAAAUGUGUGGUGGUGAAAGGGACUCUUCCCUCGGCCUCCAAGUUCUCCAGACCUUGCUCGCGCACACCGACAUCUCUGUAACCGUUAUGGACGGCGACAAGCGUCAACCGCUUCUAUGGGCCGCCAGCGCCGGCUCUGCGCGGGCCCUUUUGUCCCUUAUCAGGGCCGGAGCCAACGUGGAAGCAUGCGAUAAAGAUGGACUUACCGCCUUGCAUUGCGCCGCAUCUAGAGGUCACACCGACUGUAUUGAUACGCUUUUGACACUUUGCGGGGCCUCCCCGGAUGUUAUCGAUAGUAACGGGUGUACAGCUCUGCAUUAUGCUGUCACCUUAGGUCACGCAGAUGCCACAGCCUUACUCCUGGCGCACGGCGCAGACCCAAACCGCCAGGACCGGAAGGGGCGGAGUCCUGCGCACUGUGGCUGCGCGAAAGGUCAAUUUGAGACAGUGAAGCUCAUAGGAUCGCACGGUGCGAAUUUGUGGUUGAGGAAUGCAAGGGGCGACUUACCUUUGCAUGAGGCUGCAGGUUCUGGGCGCAGAGAGUUGGUCAAGUGGUUGUUGGAUAUGAGACCCAGUCAGGUUAAUGCUAGGAAUAAUGAUGGAAGGUGUCCCAUACAUAUGGCUGCUUUAAAUGACAAUUCCGAUAUGUGCAAGAUUCUUCUGGAUGCCGGAGCGCAAAUCAAUCCGAUAUUAAGGACUUCCAAAAACGUUUUUAUGACACCGUUGGACUGUGCAUUGCAAAGAGGUUUCAGAUCCACUGCUAAAUUUUUACAGUUACAUGGUGGUGUACCGGCAAGUCGCAUAGGAGAUGGAAGAGUGCUACCGGCUGGUAAUAGCGCUAUGAGCUUGCAGAUUAGAGAUGAUGUGACUUUCUAUACAAGCUCCGAUAGUGAGAGAGAAAACGGCGAUACAGAUAAGAGUGCAAAAAGAACUUAUAGAAAGAAAUUGGCGUGUAAGUAUGAAAAGAAGAAAGCUUCCACAACUGAGAGUGAUUUAGACUCGAAAAAAGUAGAUACUGCAUCUAAACGAAAGACCAAAGAUAAAGGAAGCAAAUCUAACUCAGGAUUGGACAUUUCUAGACAGUUAAGUAGCAGAAUGUCUUCAAAAAGUCAGGUUGAAUAUACCAAUGAAGUAGUUAUAAACGGUACCACAGAAAUAAACAUACAUCAAACAAAAGAAAUCAUUAUCGAUCAAGACAACGAAGUCUAUGAGUCCUCAAAAACCGAGGUGCAUAUACCAAGUGACACACCAACAAGUGCACAAACUUUAGAAAAAGAAAAACGCCCAAAAAGCGCUAAACACAGCAAGUUAAAAAGCAGUAGCACAUCACGUGAAAAAUCUGGGAAACUCGUGGGAAUUCUUAAAGACCAAAGCACCAACACUUCAGAUGAAACUACAGAAACAGUUAUAGACAACUUCAAAAAUAGAAUCAAUUUGGAAAGCAGUAGUACUAUAGUUCUAAACGGAAAAUCACUAUCCGACUAUCAGGAUAAACAAUCCAUCAUUUCCAAUACUAGUGAGGAUGUGGAGGAGCAAAAACAGAUUUUGGUCGAGGCUUCGGUACACGAACCACCAAAAAAACAAGAUGAACAAGAUGCAAUUGAAGAUGCAAAAAUUGAAGAUAAAAAGGAUGAUAAAGAAGCUAAGAGGAUUGAAGAAGCUAAAAAUUUGGAAGAAGCUAAAACAAUGGAAGAAGCUAAAAAGAUGGAAGAAGCUACAAAAAAUGAAGAAGCUCAAAAGAUUAAAGAAGCUAAAAGGAUCGAAGAAGCUCAAAAGAUUGAACAACUCAAAAAAGAAGAAGAAGCAAAGAUUGAAGCAGUGAAAAUAGAAGAAGUUAUUAAAGUAGAUGUUAAAGGCGAUGAAGCUACCAAAGUGAAAGAAGUCAAAGAAAAAGAAGCAGCAGGGGAAGAAAUGAAAGUAGAGCAAAAGGUGGGAGAAAUCAUAGACACUAAAAAAGAAACUAAAAAGGUGAAUGAAGAAACUAUUUCAGAGGGAAAACAAGAAAAAUCAUUACCUAAAGAAGAAGUAGAUGCAAAAAAAGAAGAUAAAGGAUUGCUUAAAGUCCUGAAAUCAGAGUCUGAAGACGCUUCAGAUAUAUCAAAAGAUUCUGAACUUAAAUCAAAAGGUGGAAUACUAAAAAUACUAAAAUCCGAUGAUGACUCCGGCAUAUCUAAAGAAAGCCACAAAGAAAAAAAAUUCAACAAAACCAAAUCACCAAAAAUCAACGAGGACUCAAGUGAAUCCAGUUCUUCGCAGAAAACCCAUAGAAGCUUCAAAGUACUCGACGAAAAAGAUGAAAAAAAGAAACAAAAAAAAAAACUCCGCUCAAAAUCUGAAGAAUUAAAAGAUAAUCAAGAAACAAAUAAUAAAAGUAAAAUAAAAAGCAAAAUACCCACACCAAUAGGUACGGAUAGAUCUGAACGGAAGUCCAAAUCCAGUUUGGAGGUUAAAGUGCCCUCUUUACCGCACUUGGGCGACAACAGAAUCCAUUUUAUGACGCGUUCCAACUCCAACAUGUCCGCUCCGCAUCUAACCUCACUUUUCAGCGACCACGAGGAGCAAGAUAGCGAAGAAGCGGAUGGCGAGCAUAGGCGUACGCGAAAGAGGAUCAAAAGACGAUCUAGGGUUAGAGAGUCCAAGAGUGCAGGUAGCGAUUACGAUAAUUUGAUUGAUUCGGGAUUCGAACCCAGCCCUAGGAGCAGCAGAAUUCCCAAAUGGAAAAAUAUGAGUGAAAGGGGGUGCAAUAUGAAGACUGUCACGCAGACUAUACAGACGAAUAUUAGAAGAUACCAUUUAGAACGAAAGAUCUUCCAACAACUGCUAGAACUAAAACGCUUCCAAAUCCGAUCAAACCAGCACAACGAAGCGAUGUUGGUGAAGCGCGCCAUCGAUCAGUACCAUCAAAGUUGCCUUUCUACCGUAGGAGCGGGACGCUACGUACCCGAAGAUUACACCUUCAAAAGUUUCGAGAAAUUUCUCUACGAAUCGCUGAGAAGAUUACAGAAAACCAACCUUGCGCAUUUGAAGGGCUUACCUGAAACGGCAAAUCCUUUGCAAUGCACCAGGAGCACCAAUCGCUGCAUGCACACCACGCAUGCCUAUACUGGAGUACCGUGUGCGGCCUAUCUGCCUAAAAUGGACCACCAUUCGAUCCCGAAAAUUGGUUUUCCGGAAUGCAAGCCUGGUACAGCGGGUUUUCUACCUUCGAUAAACCCCAAAAAAUCUGUGACCCUGGAAUUGAGCCACGGGCCCGAGAAACAAUUAAUAUCACUGCCAACUGAUCGUUUGGAUCAGAAUAAACGUUACUAUGUAACGUUUACUGUUAAGGGGCACGAAAAUUCCACUUCGUCGCCCGAAGAGAACGUUAUAAGUUCACACAGGCAUUCAAAGAGCGAUUGA